GUUCGCUGCUGUCCACAUGCCCGGAUCUUUGUGCGUCCUCUCUUCUGUUUGGCAACCAUGACGAUGGUAUUCGCGGUCUUUGUUGAUGAGUGUGGCGUGUACUUCUGUUUUCGUCAAAUCCUCGGUGGCCUCUGUAGUCCGCAAGGUCGCAUUUCCAGCAUUAUGACGAUGAUUUCAUGGCCUCUUCUGUCCCCUAUUCGUGACGACUCUGAUGUCCCCGACAAGCUCGCUCUAGCUCGCCUCCCGGAUGGUUGA